GACCUCAAUAGUAACAACUUGCAUUGGGAGAAAGAGAGAGAGAGAGAGAAAAAAAAGGCGAAAGUGCACAAGCGAUUCAAUAUUAUUAUUAUUAUACACAUUCCAGUGCGGGAACUUGACUAUCGGUCUUUUCGCUCUCGUCUGCUGUUUAUUCCUCCAAUUUUUUUUCUAUCGUCUGCUUAGUGUAACUAUAUCGACUACUUUGUACGAUUCUACGUUGUUUUGUUUUUUUCACGGAGUAAAGUAGUGAGUGAAAAUAUAUCAAGGUUAAUUAAGCGCAGUAUGUACUGCACGCUGGAGUGUAUUGCUUCAUCGUUUAUGGUGCUCAUUUUUCUAGGAGGCUCGGAUAACGUGAAGCUGGAUGUAUCUACGACAUCUGAUGGAACUAAUUAUUUAAUCAAAUAUGGCUACCUCGUACCACAAGAUCCCAAAACCGGCGCUCUUCGCUCGGAAGAAUCCGUCAAACAAGCAAUUCGAGAAUUUCAACAAUUAGCAGGACUUCCGGUUACAGGAGAUUUGGACCCCAAUACGAAGGAGAUGAUGAGUUUACCACGCUGCGGUGUACCUGAUAACAUUGGCAUUGGGAGGAAGUCAAAACGAAAGAAACGCUACGCUUUACAAGGUAGCAAGUGGGCGAAAACGGACCUGACGUACAAAAUAGCUGAAUUUAGUCAGGAUUUACAGAAAGGUCAAACAGAGUUAGAGGUUGAUCGUGCUCUGAAGGUAUGGAGUGAGGUGACACCCCUGCGUUUCACGAGAAAACAGAUCGGACCCGUGGAUAUAGAGGUGAAAUUCGUCAGACGCUCGCAUGGCGAUGGCAAUCCAUUUGACGGAAGGGGCCGAACAUUGGCUCACGCGUUUUUCCCACAAUACGGCGGUGACGCCCACUUUGACGAGGAGGAACCGUGGACUAUAGCUGUAUCCACUGGUGUGAACCUGUUCCAAGUGGCGGCGCACGAGUUCGGGCACUCCCUGGGGUUGGCGCACUCCGACGUGUCGACGGCAUUGAUGGCGCCGUUCUACCGCGGCUUCCAGCGAUCGUUCACCCUCGACGCCGAUGACGUGGGCGCCAUUCAGGAACUCUACGGUCCACCCAACAACGUGAAGCCUGGUAUUCGUGCAGAGCCGCCUAAACCCGUCCCGACCUCGGGAGAUCCCGUUAUCUCCAUCCCGGCUAUCUGCCGUGACCCGCAAUUUGAUUCCAUCACUCAGAAUGCUGAUGGCUUUACGUAUGUUUUUAAGGGGGAUUAUUACUACAGACUUAACGGUUACGGGAUCGACACCGGCUUUCCGCGGAGAAUCACUAUGGACUGGAGAGGGGUCGAGUCGCCCAUAGACGCCGCCCUGCACUGGGAUAAUGGAUAUACGUUUUUAUUCAAAGGAGAAAAUUAUUGGAAAUUUUAUAACUUUAGAUUAAUUUAUGCUCGGAAAAUUAGUGAAGGCUUCAGGGGAGUGCCAAAUAACAUCGAGGCUGCUUUUGUUUGGGGAGGAAAUGGAAAGACAUAUUUUAUCAAAGGGAAUGAGUACUGGCGAUACUCUGACAACAAGGUCGAUUCACGAUACCCGAAACCCAUGUCGGUAUGGAGAGGAAUUCCUAAUGGCAUUGACUCGGCCUUUAAGUGGAAGAAUGGUAGAACCUAUUUCUUUAACGGCCGGCAAUAUUACCGAUUUCACGACAGUAACUUCAGGGUUGACGAUGGCUACCCCCGAGAUGUUGGCAACUGGUGGCUCGGCUGCCCGUCACAGAGUCAGAUAGAACAUUUCGACAGCCUUGAGAAGGAACAUGGCGCUGGCAUAUUCGCCAGUCACGGCAACAUCCAGAACGAGGACGACGUGGCGGGGGAGCAGUUCCUGUCGGUGGGUGCGGCCGACACGAGCUCGGCAGACGACAUUUCUCUACAAAGAACUAUUAUAGCAAGAUCACUGUUGACUCUUGUCCUCACAGUGCUGGUGAAUAGUUGAUGUCAAAUCCAGACAUGCUCUGUAUACGUCGUUGACCUAGUCAAAUUGAUAACCAUUUAUGAAAUAGGUUUUCGUAUGUUAAUCUAAAUCUGUUUUAUGAUCUUCAUAUAAUUAACAGUUCCAACACGUCAGAUCUCGACACGUAUCAUUCCAACAGAAUCGCAUUGUGCAAUACAUGGUACGGACAAUGCAAAUCACGAUGUGCAAAUUCAUGGUGUGGACAAUGAAAGACAUAACGUGCAAAAAAAUAAAUGGUAUGAACAAUUAAAGCCAUAAUGUGCAAAAAAGCAUGGUAUGAACAAUGAAAGCCAUAAUGUGCAAAAAAGCAUAGUAUGGACAUUGGAAGCCAUAAUGUGCAAAAAAGCAUGGUAUGGGCAAUGGAAGCUAUAAUGUGCAAAAAUGCAUGGUAUGGACAAUGAAAGCCAUAAUGUGCUAAAGCAUGGUAUGGACAAUGGAAGCCAUAGUGUGAAAAAAGCAUGGUAUGGACAUUGGAAGGUAUAAUGUACAAAAGUAUGGUAUGGACAAUGGAAGCCAUAAUGUGAGAGAUAAAAACAUGGUAUGGACAAAGCAUGUCAUAAAGUGCAAAACAUGGUAUGGAUGAUGUGAAAGAGUUCAAUUCGUGUUGUAGAUUUGCUCAACAUUGUAUUUGUUUUGUGAAAACCUAGACUGUGGAGAACAAUAAGAAUCGACGACAUUUAUUAAAAGAUGAAUAACUUGGUUAAGACAAAGAUAUCAUAUUCUGAUGUUGGUUUAGAUUACUGCAGAAAACAGUUAACAUAUUAUUUUCUGCAAUGCAUUAUUUAUCUUUCGUUCUUUCAGUGGUCAAGUACACGUUGAUGUCAAAAGAUAAUCAACAAUCUUUUUAUUGCAUAUCACUGCAAAAGACAAAUCAAAUGGAUGUUUUGACAAAGUUCUAACAGAAUUACUCAUCCUUUCUGAAUUUGUUUUAACACGCUCUUGUGAAAGAUCACCCCUUGUGGAUUGUUUUGAUAUCCAACACACUUUCGGGUUCACUUUUGACACUUGUGAUUGGUUGCUGCUUCGUGAUGACCCGUCGCCACAACCAAUGAAAUAAGCCUAAUCGUUAUGUGAUAUAUAAGUUCAUCUGAAACUGAUUGUGACACAUAAUUUAAAUGCAAGCGCAAUUACUGUAAAUAUAUUUUAUUUGGAAAAGAUGUUGACAUUUUUUUUAAAUCUGAUUCUUGAGGAUAAUAAUUUAAAAAA